AUGGAAGACAAUGACUUCUAUAGCAGGUCACAAAAGGUACUUCAUCUAGCUGAAAGGAAAGUCAGAUUAAAGAAGACCUCAGAAGCAAUAGAACUGAUAUUUAAUUUUUCAGAAAUCUGUCUAGAUAACCAGGAAUAUGCACUAUGCAUUGAUACCGCAAGUAAAGCUGUAAAAUAUGGAACAAUUGAUGAUAUAAGCAUUUCAGAAGUUUAUAUUGAAAAAUUAUUAACAUUUUUCCAUAGAUUACACGAUUCAAUAGAAGUAUCCAACGAGAUGAUCUCUCUGCACAAACUGCUAAUACUUGCGAUAAAAUGGUCAAAAAAAGUAUAUGAAAAGGGCGAUCCUAGACUACAUGAGGUGGCUGGAAUUUGUUCGCUAACUUUAAAUAAAUUUAUGGCAGCCCAAAAACACUUGAUUUACUCGCAAAAUAUGGAGAAACUCACUGAGGUUAUCCUGCGGUGGAUGGAACAAGCUCCUGAGUUCGAACGGCCCUUUUUUUGCCUACGAACAACACUACUUAUUCUCCAAUUAUCAACUGCUGAACUAGCUGAACAAUUUGUUUCAUCCAUGCCAUUCAACUUGGACGCUGUUGAUACUCCUUUACCGGUGCAACUAUCGUACCUGCUAACUAAAAGCCUAGAAACGGCGAAAACAGAUCCAGAAUUGGGGAAGAGUCUGUUCAACAAAGUGGCAUAUGACUAUCGCUUAGUCCUUCAGGCAGAUUCAGAACUUAAUGAUCUGGUGCAAUCGAUUAAGAAUGAGAAAUUUUAA